UCAGCUCAUUAUUUUGGGCGUCAGUUUUGAUUCAAAAAGUAGUAGUCGAUGCCGAACGGUCAAAAAUUCCAAAAUUAAAUUUUUUGGUUGCCCAGUUGAUUUUAUAUAUGCCAUCCAGAACCACACGAAGGAAAUAUUCAUAGAACUAAAUUAUGGUAGUGUCUAUGAUGGCAUCUUUGACAACUUCGCUUUCCACUUUUUUGAGGUAGAUUCUCAACUUGAUAUGGAGACGCUCAUACCAGAUGAGGAUGGGGAACUCUCAAAAAUUCGGUUAGAACGUCGAAGGGAGCUAGACAUGACUGAGCCUACUGACUUCUACUGGGAGCACAAGUGUACAGAAGAGUAUUUCAGGGAACCUUUUACAGAAGAUGCACCCAAAGAGGAUUGGUCUGGUCUGAAUGGAGCAUAUCGAGGUCCCCGUAGGUACCGGUGUUCUUGGAGCCCACCUCCAAGGGGAUGGAUAAAGCUGAAUUUUGGAGGAAGAAAUUCUAAUAAUGGAGACAAUCUUGGUGGUUUUGGUGGCAUUUGUCACAAUGACUCUAAGGAACCUAUACUGAUAUAUAGAGGUGCUCUUGGCAAAGUGGAUCAAACUACUGCCUGUGUUGAGGCAUUGAUGUUUGGACUGACAGAGCUGUUAAAGAUCCCUAAGGUUACAAGAAAUUUGAUCGUGGAGGGAGAUGAUAUUCGGGUCAUUCAAUGGGCUAACAAACGCCAACACGAAAUUCCAGAAGAAGUUCAUGAAUCUCUGAGCAGAGCACUUGACUUGCUCAGGGAGUUCCACACAGUCAUUUAUCAUAUUUAUGAAGGAGCAAACUUGGUUGCUAAUAACUUGGCAAAGAAAGGCGCUUUGUCAGGCAACCAUGUUUAUCUGGCAGGCCAAAAUGCUGAAGAUGUAGAGGAUGUUGAUAACCUUGUUAAGAGCUUACAAUUAGUGGAUUAAUCUUUGGGCAUUUUUUUUAUGUUUGACUCUUUUUUAUAUAUUUUGAACUCAGAAUAUAUAGUU